CGACGCAAGCGCAGUUCAAAAAGUUCCCAAGAUUGGGAGCACUGUUCUAUAUGCGAUAGUUCCAAUUGCUUAUAUAUAAAGCUGUGUGAGUAUAAAGGAAACAUUUCGUCCGGAGUUUUUUUUUUCUGUGAUUACGGUGGCAGUGGCAUUUGAAAUAUGGCAGACGUCAUUGAUUGUAAUUUUCCUGUUUGGGGCCUUUUGCCAAAAAAAGAAACGGGUGUCACUCAGUUCCUUACCAAAUAUCCAGAGUAUGACGGCAGAGGUGUUAUUAUCGCUAUUUUCGACUCUGGAGUUGACCCUGGAGCACCUGGCUUGCAGGUGACUUCUGAUGGAAAGCCAAAGAUUAUCGAAAGAUUUGACUGCAGUGGAGCCGGAGACGUGGACACCAGCAUAGUUGUACAAGCCACAGAGGGAUGCAUUACAGGUCUAACUGGCAGAAAGUUAAAAAUUCCUACCACCUGGAAUAAUCCAUCUGGAGAUUAUCAUAUAGGAAUAAAAAAUGCGUAUUCACUCUAUCCUAGUAAAUUGCGAGAAAGAGUGGAAGCGAGUCGGAAGAGACGCUUGUGGGAUGAUGGGCACAGAACAGCUUUGGCCGAAGCAACGAGGCAGCUACAGAUAGUGGAAUCAAAAAAUCGGCAGCCCUUAACUUGGGAAGAGAAAUUAGAAAAGGAAGAACUUGAGGCUAGAGUUGAAGUUUUAACAAAUGCAGAAAAGAAGUACGUUGACGUUGGUCCAUCUUAUGACUGUGUGGUUUUUCAUGAUGGAGAAUUGUGGAGAGCGUGCAUUGAUACUUCUGAAGAAGGUAAUUUAAACAGUGGAGUAAAUCUUGGUGAAUACUCGAUUACGAACGAAUACAAACCUCUUACGAAGGAGGACCAACUCAACAUUACAAUCAAUGUUCACGACGAAGGAAACACUUUAGAAAUAGUUAGUGUAUGCUCUGGCCAUGGAACCCACGUAGCCUCAAUUGCCGCUGCAAAUUUUCCUGAAAACAAGGACUUGAAUGGAGUCGCACCGGGUGCUCAAAUAAUUUCACUUACCAUUGGAGAUGGAAGGAUUGGAACAAUGGAAACCGGAACUGGCAUAGUGCGAGCGAUGAUUAAAGUUAUGCGGUAUAAAGAGAAGAUUAAUGUCAUCAAUAUGAGCUACGGAGAACACACUAACUGGUCUAAUUCUGGAAGAAUAGGAGAACUUGUAAACGAAGUUAUAGAUAAAUACGGAGUAACCUGGGUCUCAUCGGCUGGAAAUUUAGGUCCAGCUCUUUGUACCGUCACCACUCCCCCUGAUAUCUGUACAGGCAGUGUUAUUAGUGUCGGUGCUUAUGUUUCUCCUGACAUGAUGCUCGCUGAAUAUUCUUUACGCGAGAAAAUGCCAGGUAUGCCAUUCACGUGGUCUUCUAGAGGUCCGACGAUAGAUGGAGGAUUUGGAAUUACCGUGUGUGCACCAGGUGGAGCAAUCACUAGCGUGCCGAAUUUUACCCUUAGGAAAAGUCAACUUCUUAAUGGUACAAGCAUGGCUAGUCCUCACGUGACUGGAGCUGUUGCUGUGAUUAUUUCAGGACUUCUAGCAAAGAAUUGCGCCUAUUCUCCCUACAGUAUAAAACGGUCACUUGAAAACACAGCUCUGUACGUCGACAGUCUUGACCCAUUUGCUCAAGGUUCGGGUUUACUGCAAGUGGAGCGAGCCUUCGAAAACUUGGUAUCUUUUGCGGAAAGUCCAGAAAGGGAUGUCAGGUUUUUGAUAAGUUGCGGCGUCAACAGUGCCAAAGGAAUCCAUUUAAGAUCCGGUGUAAUAGAUCGACCUAAAGAUAUUGCAAUUGUCGUAGAACCCAUUUUCCUGGAUACUGAUAAUACCGAUCCUUCUCGAAAAAUAGACUUUAAUAUAAAGUUAUCCUUGGUCUCAGACUCAUCUUGGGUACACUUUCCAACUCACUUUGAUCUAAUGCACAUGCCACGUGCAUUCGCUGUUAGGGUAGAUGGUUCUAAUUUACCAGAAGGUGUUCAUUCAACUAGUAUUAGAGCCUAUGACGUUUCUAAUGUCGACAAAGGGCCCGUUUUCCGUAUUCCUGUUACCGUCGUUCAACCUGCAGUUCUCUCCAAGACAGCUGUUCUUCCAGAUAUAAAUUACACCGAUAUAUUAUUUAAACCUAAUACUAUCGUUAGACAUUUCAUUCUUGUCCCUGAAGAUGCAACAUGGGCAGUCUUGAAAUUAAAGGGUACUGAGAAGGAAAAAAGUGGGAGAUUUGUCACUCACACCCUUCAAUUGAAACCCCGUCUUUCUUGCAAAUAUCUCGAAGUUAACAAAAUGAUCAACGUUACAUCGCAGUCGGAAAGCAUUCAAGGGUUCGCUGUGCAGGGUGGAAUUAUUUUGGAAGUGGCUGUGGCAAAAUAUUGGGCCAAUUUGGGGGACAUUAUAAUCGAUUACUCCAUAGAAUUCCAUGGAAUUCGAGUCCUUAACGGUGACCUUACGAUGCAAGCUGGAGACGGUUACAAUCGCAUUGAGUUACGUAGUUCUUUGAGAAAUGAAGAGGUCGUGCCAAGUUGUUCUCUAAAAUCUUCCGUUCAAGUACUAAGACCCACGGAGUAUAAAAUUGCACCUUUGGGAGAACGAGAUGUCAUACCACCAGCACGUCAAAUAUACGAACUGCAGCUAACUUACACAUUCCACAUUUCAAAAGCUACGGAAAUGACUCCAAACGCAGCAUUGUUCAGUGACUUGCUGUACGAAAACGAAUAUGAAAGCCAAUUGUGGAUGAUUUACGAUUGUAAUAAACAACUUAUUUGCUGUGGAGACGCAUAUCCUUCCAAAUAUACAGUUCAAAAGAUAGAAAAAGGCGACUAUACUUUGAAGAUGCAUGUACGUCAUGAAAAAAGAGAUCUGCUUGACAGGUUAACAGAUAUGCCAAUGCUGCUAACACAGAAACUCAGUACACAAAUAAAUCUAGACAUUUAUGCUAGUCAAUCUCAAGCACUUGUCGGAGGAAAAAAAAUGGUCGCUGCAUCAAUCCCACCUGGUCACACGCUUCCACUUUACAUUGCUCCUCUGAGCAACGAAAACAAACUCUCCAAAGGUGCGACACUUGGCUCUUAUCUUAUAGGAACAAUAUCAUUUUGUAAAGAUGAAAUAGGAAAGAAAGUCGAUUGCCACACUUUUAAAUACAUCCUCUGUGAACCGGCUAAGAAAUCCAAUUCAAAUAGCAAAUCAGAGAAAGAUUCUACAAAGUGGGACGAAUAUAAUGAAGCUUUAAGGGACCUCAAGUGUAAUUGGCUUUCCAAACUCGUACCGUCAAUGAGUAAACUGGCCUAUCCGUACGAAGAUCACAGUGGAAGACCCAUCAUUGAACCGGGUGAACAUGCUCACAAAUUGUACGUGGAGUUGAAGUCAGACUUUCCAGAUCACUUACCAGUUUAUACUGCCAUGUUGUCGUCAUUGGAUAUAACGGAAGCCAGGCGUCACGUUCCCCAUAACGAUUUGCCAGAUACGUCGCUAAAUUAUGCGAAUCAGAUGCUGGGUGUCGCUGACAAAGUUUUAGGAAGCGUGGAUCAGGACAAAUUAUUAGCAUAUUUCGGCGCAAAGAGUGAUCAGCGACCAGAUGCUGCCAAAGUUAAGUCGACAAUGGAGAAGCAAAAAAACUGUCUAGUCGAGGCAUUGGUAAAGAAAGGCUGUGCCUUAUCUCGACUCUAUGUCGGCAGAACGAAAGUUGAGGGGGAAGGUCCGAAUAAGGAACUUCUUGAUAGUUUCUUGGAAGUGUGGAAAGAAGUUCAGAAGUUUGCAGAACCUACUGACAUCAAGGCUAUUUCUCUCAACAUGUGGCACGCGCACCUCAACAAACACUACGGUCGUUACUUAAAACUAUUGACAAGAUAUUCGGAAGAGAAACCAGUGAGAGAAGUUGAUGAGAGAUGCAUAGAAGUGGCCCAAAAACUAGGAUGGAAUCAUUAUGCACGCCAUAUUAGCGGAAGUAUACCAACUCGAUACCCCAAGGCAUAUAAACCAUUUUGAUCGGCAUUAAGUUGACAAAAUAAGAAAUUGUAAUCAUCAGCUUUUUUUAAUGUGUACGCUUUUCUACAAAACGGUGGUAAGGUAAAGGGUACUUCUUUUCGAGUAAGAUAAAUGAUUACAGAAUACAUGUUUAAAAAUUUUCAACUAAAGCUGUCUACAAAUUUUGAGCUCGGGAACAAUAAUAGAUGUGCUUAUAAUUUAUUAAAGAAUUUAUUACUAAGUAUUUAGUGACUUUGUAUAAAGUUAAAUCGUUUUUGAAGCAUACAAAUUUCUGACUUCAGAAGAUAGUAAGUGUAGACUCAAGCAAAUAGUCACAACAUGAAAAGCAAUCUUCGAAUACGUAGAAUAUUAUGCUUGCGGAAUUAUUUAGAAAAAUAUUUGAGUUACAAUGCAAAUGUAAAAAAAGUAUAUUAUGCUGCAAAAGGAGGACAGCAAGCGAUUUUUGCCUAGUAUGUGUUUGUUACUUAAGCGAAGAGAGGGCAGCACGAGGUGAAAAUCGGCUUCCUCUCGUGUAGCAUACGAUUCUUUUUGCCUGACUUCAAUAAAUUGCCGUACUCAUAUGCGUGCAAGAGCCAGUGCAGAAUCGAGUAUUUUUAAUUAAUUAAGCAUGUUGGAUACGCACGCACAGCGUUCUUCAUUACUCAUUCUAAAAUUUCUACUACUCCCGGACGGAGUAAUGCAGACGUACUGCAUAUGCGUGGUCAACUGCGCAGGCGCAAUGCGUUACUGUUUAAGAAUAGGCGGUUUCGCUCCCGUCUUGCAGGCAACAAAUAUUACUAUUGUAGUGGAAUCACUAUUUUAUAUUUAUCAGCAAAAUGUUUGUUUCCAAAUUUAAAUCUUUCUGUAAAGAGGAAAUAGCACUUUUUAUACAAAUAUCUUUAUUGAAGAAUGAAGCUCGGCACUUUCCAACAAAACUUUAAAAAUUCGGGUUUUAAUUGAUGAAUAAUUAUUAACACGAAUAUUAUUUUUUCAAUACAAUUUAGCAUUGAAAACUAUAAUUAUCACAGAACUGAGAUUUCAAUUUAAAUUAAAUUGAAAUGAAAUAAUUAUGAUUUUUAUCGUCGAACCCGUAGUUGCAAAUGCGCAAUUAUUGCAUAUAAGUGACCGUUACAUUUUUCUCUUCAUGAAAACGAAAUUUUUAGCACAGCUUUUCUAGAAACCUUCUUAAAAUUUGUCCAGAUUUACAUAAUGAGAGGUUCAACGUAAGCAUGUAAAAAAUCGACGUAUUAAUUGAAUGAAAUAUGUAUUGAACUUGCACAAUACAUCGUAACCUUAAAAAUAUAUUUAAGAUAUGCAUCGGCCCUUUUGUUGAAAAAACAAAUAAUUACAAGCUUUUUUGAUCCACUAAUCGAUUUUCAACAAUAAGCUCGGUGGCGAUGCUGAGGAUAAAAAUGAUGAUGAUAAUAAACAAAAACAAGUCUUUAUGGGCUCAAUAAAAAUAA